CCCGGAGCCGGUAUCGGCGGACUUCGCUUUGCGCGGGCUCUCAAUAAUAUUCCGGUCGUUGUCAGACUUUGGAUGCGUUUUCGCUGUUCCGUUCCGACACCGACGAUCAAUUCGCUGCUCGCUGCCGACUCUGACACAGUCAAAACAACGUCGUCUUUCUCCGGCUCCGGGAAGUUCGGAGUUUUUAAGUGUAUCAGUGCAUAGUGGUUUUUUUUUUCUCAGUGCCAGCACCUAGGAUAUUGAAUUUUUGGAUUUUUCAAUCUAAGUGUUUCUCGUUGGGUUUUUGCUGACCUUUGAAAAGGUGUGGACUUUGGAUAUUGCAAGACGGAUUAACCGUAACUCACAUUUUAUUGGGAAAAGAAGUAAUCAGUGGAUCAUCAAAAGUGGAUUGAAAUGACUUCCCACUACUUCCUACUACUCUUCGGGACGCUGGUGCUUCUAUCAAAGACCAUUGCAGCCGAUCCAGUGCACAUCAUAUCGCAAAACUUGGAACAAACUGUGACCUCAUCUACGCUACAAUGGGUAUCGACUGAUGGAAAAGAUCCUGGCGUUUUACGGUUCGGUGUAGUGGCGGCUUAUCAAACAUCUGAUGUUUCCAACGAACCAGUGCCACCAGAAGGAGGCGAAGGUACUGAUAACGACAUAGUCAAAAAUCACGCUGAACCUGUUUACGUGUGCAGAGCUAAAGUUACUGGUGUAUGGGUAACUGGACAGUUGAGGCCCAAGAACCAUGUCUGUAUAGCCUCUCUCUAUAAAAAAGUAGAGGAGUACCACCAGUUCGAGGUACUCAUCAAUAUCGAUCACGCCGCUAGGCUGAGCUGGGUGGGCAAGAAUAAGUAUACCAACAUACCUCAAGGAGCAGUUACUAGCGGUGAAAACGUUCUCAGAACCUUUGUUGGACGAAAAUCUACUGGUAACCCGAAGAAAACUGGGUCGUUGACUCACUAUGUUGGUACUUUUAACCCAUCAGAAAAUCUUGGCGUUUAUCACUUGGUAGACGAAAGCAAUAUUGAAAUUCCAUUUGAAGAUGGUGACCUUUUAGUUGAAACCGAACCUACUGCAUAUGAAUUCAAACAAAUCAAGUACAGACGUACUGGACGUCGUUUCCCAAAGAAAAAGCUUAUAUUUGGUGAAACUGUUUUGAAAAAUGACGAAGCAGGACUUCAAAAAGUCGACAGCGUAAUGACUUAUAAUUAUACUUAUUUCCUCAGUUGGGGAAAAGGUCAUGGAAUGCUCACAGGGUUACCAUAUACGGUACUUUUGCCUAAUGGUGGCAAAGUAGAAAGCAUAUGGGCUCUGCCAAAACCUCAAGAAAAAGUUGAAACCAUUCCAGUUGAAAAAUUGCUGGAAGAAGGCACUGCAGUAAAUAUUACACUGGUUGGAAACUAUACGGAAUUGGAAAUUCCUUAUAUUGCCACUGUUGUUGCCUUAUAUAAAGACGGUGAACGUUUAGAAUUCACCAUUGAAGACAUCAAACGAGAAAAUAAAGUUAUCGAUAUUGGUUUUGAGUUUAGUCCAGUUUACUUUUUGCACAACAACAGUUUCGUUCCAACUACUACGACUACCACAACCACUACUACCACUACAACCACAACCACUACUAGAACCACAUCGACCACCCAAGAUGUUACUCCCAUGGUAUCUCCAGAAGUUGUUAUCCGAAGAAAACAAGAGGAGCUGCAUGCUGCAAGCAAGACAAGUGAUAAUUUAAACGACGAAGAUAAUACCAUUCGAAUUGCUUCAUCAUUGGAAAAGAAGCCAGAUCGUCCUGCUUCUAGUGCUACUUCUUUAGUGUCCUUGCUUAGUUCUGUCUACGUCAUACUCACGGUUACCCUUAGGCUAUUAUAAGUUACCAUUAAUGGCCAAAACAAAAAUUAUCUUAGCAUCAGAAGGCUUGUUUUAUUGAUCAUUAUUUAGUAUGCUGAUUUUUGAUUGAAACCUUGUUUAGUGCGCGGUGUAUAUAGACUUGUAAAUACGGAAAGUGGACAUUGUGCCGAGGAUUUAGACUUUUUUUUUUUGGUGAUAAUUUUUGUAUUCGUCCAAAUCUGUCUUCGGUGGGGAUCUUCUUAGGUUUAAGUGGCAAAUUUUUGUUAUGUGAUUUAUAAAGGUCACUAUUACCAAAUAAGUAUAUUGUUUUCCGUUUUGUUAUUUAAUUUUAUUAUUUUUAAUUAUUUAUGUUUUAAUUUUGGACCUUUGCAAAAUCAUAUGGCGAAAGUUUGAUCAGGAAUAUUAACACGUAGAUUAACGCUAUUUUUUUUUUUUUGGAUUAGUACUUUUAUUACUCCUAAGUAUAGCCAUUAAAAAUGGUAAAAAAAAUACUUUCUACGUUUAUCGCCCAAAAUUUAUUUUACUGAUCGAACUCAGUAUUUCAGGUAUAAGUUAAUCAUAAAACAGUGUAUAGUUGAAGCGUUAGUUUACAAUUAAUAUUUCCUUUUGCAACAAUUUUUUCCUUUUUGUAAAGACCCAUAGAUUUAUUAAAAAAGUUUAACUAAAACAGAGUAUGGUAACAAAUGCCCAAAUCAUCAGAAAGUGGGACUAUUACAAAAUUGUCCAUGCAAACCAUGCUUAGUGUUCAGUUUAAUCAUAAUAAACUUAUUCCAAAUUCAAUUGAGAUAUAAUAUAGUCAGUCUCUGUUACUAAUUAAAUAGAUGUUUCCAAUCUUUCAAGCUUUUACUCAGAAUCGAGUGGUGUUAAGCAAGUUUUGACAAGCACUAAUUUGCAUCUUUCUAGAGAAUACUAAAAGUUAUAAGUAUGACAAUUAAAACACUGAUUUAAUAAUAUUAGAUAUUUGUUUUAGCAGUAAGGAAAAAGUAGCAAAAAAAGAAGAAAAACUAUAUUUUGCAGGAAAACGAAAUGUAAAAAGGUAGUAGCGCAUGGUAUAUAUUUUUGCUAAGAGUAAUGGCGUUUGUGUUCAGUAUUGACAUGUUUAAUGUACAAAUAUAUCGUUGUAAUAAUGAAGGCAUCUAACAAAAUGAAUAAAAGGCUAAAGGAACGACACUAAUCAAAGAAACAGUGAUAAUAUAAAAAAUGAUGAGUAAAUUCAUUCCAUUUUAUAGAUGUGUUAAGUACAAAAGCUAAACAUUUCUUCUAGGAUAGAGUAACCUAUGGCUUCUACAUUUCCAGUACUAAAUGAAUAUUAUUCCAAAAUAUGUGAUAAUGUAAACAUAUUCAUCUAUACUUAUUUACAAAAUCUACAAUAACCAACUCUAUUUAUUUUAUUGAAUACUAAAGUGCUGACCGAUGAACAAUAGGUAAGCUGAAGUUUACUUAAAAUUUAAACUCUAUUGUGAAUUCUAUAAAAUUUGGCUCUAUUACAAUAAAACAGUCAUUGUUCGUUGUGUUCCCGAAGGCUUCAAAAAAUUUGGCAGGUAAAGAAUAAUUUUUAUCGGUAUUUUGCUACCGAUACUGAUGGAUAAUUAUUCAAAGUAUAAUACUACCAUUUCUGAAUAACUUAAUAUUAAUAUAUAGAAACGGAAGUAUUUUCCGAAAAUAAUUAUGAAGGGACUGACAUGUAUAAAGAAUGAUUUAAUACCUUUCUAUUGACUUUCAAUGUACAUUUCAUGUAUUAUGUAGAUAUAAUAAAACACAGAAAUCCAUG